GGGUUUUCUCUCCCUUGUGGUUUGAGUGGCGUUGAGUUUUAUGUAGAAAUGAUAAGACAUUAAUAAUGUUUCAGUCUUUCUUUCGUUACUUGCAAUGAUGUUAAAAAAUCCCUGAAUGACUUUCAUGAAACCCGGACGAACACCGUGCAUGACUGUGGUUCCUCUGAUAUGUUAUCAAGCGUUGGUAUCUGGUUAAUAAUUAUCCUGCAGCUGAUAUCUGAGCGGCAGCAGCCUGCAGCAGCUGCUCCACAGAGCUCUGCAGACAUGCUGUUCAUCACCGCUCUGCUGUUAGCGCUGAGCUCCCGCUGCGUCUGGAGCAGGAAGUCCGAGCCGUCGCUCCGAGAGGCCGACGCAGGCUUGUUCAGAGGCUCCGACAAAUAUGACUUUGCUUUGGACGUGCCUGCUGCAGGAGUGGAGUGUUUCUGGCACUUUGCACACCAGAGUGGGAGCUUCUACCUGUCCUACAUGGUGCAGUGGGUGACGGGGAUGGCCAAUGAUCACCGGCUGUUUGUGACGGUAAACUCACCGCAGGGCGACCUCGUGGCUUCGAAGCACGCCCCCGUCAGUCAAAUGAACUUCCAGACUGAGUUGACAGGUUUCUACCGGAUGUGUCUCGGGAACCACAACCAGUUCGGAGGCAUCAGGGUGUUUGUGAGCUUUGGCGUCGUCUACGAAGGUUUCGAGGAGAUGAAGAGAGAGACGGAGGAUGGGGACAAAGUCCUCAACAGCACUCUGGCCGGUAUUGAGGAGAGUAUGCAGAAGCUCCAGAAUCAGAUCUUCCACAUGUGGCGUCAUUACAACUUCGCCCGCAUGAGGAAAGGGAAGGACCACUACCUCCUCCAGUCCAACUACAACUACGUCACCUGGUGGUCGGCGACCCAAAGCGUCGUCAUCCUCGUGUCCGGAUACCUGCAGCUCCUCGUCCUCAAAAGACUCUUCAAAACGGACUCCGGCCGGCCGCGAUGCUGAGGGCAGAAGGUCCACACGUCUCCUAAAUCGCUGCGUCAAUCCCUCGCAUCAUUUCUACUUUGUGAGAUCAGAUUUGAACUGAUGCAUGUUGGGAACAGACACAAUCAUGCAAGCUAGAGAUUUAAACCCUUGCUGUUUUAAAUUUGCAUCCUCAUGGUUUGAUGAUCGUGUGUUUGAUAAACACUUUACUGAUAAAGAGACAUCCAUGCCGGGUUUCUGAGUUUGCUCUUUUUACUCUUUUCUGUUUGAAUAAGUUGUGUUUCUUUGUACAAUCUCACACAAGUCCUUCUAAAACAUUUGGGAUAAUGUAAGUAAACAAAUAAACCAAAUAUACAAGUUA